AAAGGGAAGGUGCGGAAGAAGGAAAGUGCUGGAGGAACUCACCGAUUUGGGGCAGCAAAUGUGGAGGGAAAUUGACAUUCUGAAAACACUGAUAUUUAGGCUGAAUAGAAUGCUUAAGGACACAAAGUGCCUGGGGAACUAUGCGGUUCAGGCAACAAAUGUAGUUUCAAAACAAUAAUAUUUAGAAUGCUUAAGACACAACGUGCUAAAGGCACUCAGUGGUUUAGGCAGCACAUGUGGAUGGAAAUGGUGGACAAUGUCUAAACAAUUAUAUUUUGGAUGGCUGUAAUGCUUAAAGACACACUGUGCUGGAGGAGCUCGGCGGUUGAGGCAGAAAAUGUGGAGGGAAACGAACAGUCCAAACAUUGGUGUUUUAGGAUGGCUGUAAUGCUUACGAACCAUGGAAUGCAACCACACAAGUUUCGACCAGAGUAUGCGGCUCUGCUAUCAACACAAUAUCCUGUGAUUUUAGACACAAUGAAGUGCAGAUGCUGGUUUGCAAGGAGAAAGAUAGAGCGCGGCAGCAAUCCCGUGGGUCGGGCAGCAUCUGAGGGGAGGCGACCUUUCGGCCCGAGAGCCGGGACCCUUUGCUCGGCCCGGCCGCCACCCGCGGAUUGGCGGAGAGCUCGCACGUGACUCGGCACGUGAGCCGGUGCGCGCUGCGGCCGUUAGCGACCUGCGCGGGAGGUCGGGCCCGGGAUGGACUGGUGGCGGCUUGACCUCAACCCCAAAGUAGUGGCUGCUGUUAGAAAAGCAAACAUCCAAUCAAUGAAAGAGAUCUUGAGCUUAUCGGGACCGGAUCUGCAGCGACUUACUAAACUGUCCAAUCGUGAUGUGCAGUAUUUGCAUAAAACUGUUGCUGUGGCAACAAAGAGUGAUCCAGUGGUGACAGCCCUCCAGAUGUACAAUGGACAAUGUCCUUUUCCAACCCAGAAUCAAAGACUUAGCAUGGGUUGCCCAAUAUUGGACUUGCUACUGGGAGGUGGAAUUCCAUUAAUGGGAAUUACAGAAAUUGUUGGAGAGAGUUCAGCAGGGAAGACUCAAAUCUGCAUGCAGCUCUGUCUGUCUGUACAGUUCCCAUGCAGAUAUGGUGGACAGGAAUCAGGAGCUGUGUAUAUUUGUACAGAGGAUGCUUUUCCAAAUAAACGUUUGCAGCAAUUGAUUGCCUUUCAGCCCAUGUUAAGAGCUGAUGUACCUGCUGACGUUGUAAACAAUAUUAAGUUUGGUAACAACAUCUUUAUUGAACAUGUUGCUGAUGUGGAAUCCUUCAAUCACUGUCUUAGUAAAAGAAUACCAAUAUUACUAUCACGUGGCUUGAUACGUCUGGUAGUGAUAGAUUCGAUUGCAGCUUUAGUCAGAUGCGAAUUUGGGGCCGCUGAUUCUAUUGUGAAAGCCAAAUGUCUUCAGAAGUUUGGAACUAUGCUCCACCACCUCAGCCAUAGGUUUUGUAGCCCCAUCAUCUGUGUCAAUCAGGUAACAGGUGCAGUCAGUGAUUCUCAUUUGGCUCAUAGUGAACUUGGCUUGUUGGACAGAAGAGUAUUGCCAGCCCUAGGAUUAACCUGGUCAAAUCAACUCUUGAUGAGGCUGAUGGUUUGUCGGACACAUAUAUGCAUAGAAGGAAAGUUUCCUGAAGGCGAAGUGUGUGCCUCAACUACUGGGACAGUUAUACGAAGAAUGGAAAUUAUUUUUGCCCCUCAUCUUCCCCAAUCAUUCUGCAACUAUAUAAUCAACAAACAAGGUGUAAGGGGAAUGAAAGAAACAGGUGUCAAUGGAACGAGAGAAGUUGGUAUGAACAAACUAACCAUCAAGACCAUCCUCAAAGUUUCAAUUUAGGUAGUGUCUGCAAAAUAAGCCAGUUCGGUAUUCCGAAAAACACAAGGAAUCAUGGGAUUUGGCAAAGGUCAUUCGAGAAUUUAAAAAAGCGAACAGGGUGCCUUGUAGCGGGGGAGAGCAAGGUGUUACAGCGAGAGAGAGAGGGGAGGCAGAUGCGAGUGGGAGACGGUGAAAGGUGGGGGAGAGAGGUUUCAGGUAGACAGACAACCACUGGUAAAGCCAUGGCUCAUUGCUUCUAGGAGUCGAGAAACUGUCCUCAAUCGAGAGAAUGCGACUUCAGAACCCCCUCGUCUCGACCGUGCUGGAGAUUUCCGCGGGCGCCAGGAACAAAUGACCUAAAGUUUGCGUUGAGUGAACUGAGUGUUCUUACCGUCCUCGUCGUACACCGGCAUUUAAAAAAAAAAUUUUAAUAAUAUUUUUUAUUAGAAGCAUAUGCAUAUCAUGAUCAAAACUAAUACAGACUUUGUUUAACGAUUACAUAUUAUUAGUAUCUGGGGUCCCAGGGUCCCAGCUAUCAAAAUUUCUGGGGUCCUCAUUUAUCAAUUACGUAUUAACACUGCUUCUAAUUGUUUAUUUUUAUUUAUAGAUAAGAAAAGAAGAGAAAAUUAUUUUU